AUGGGCAAUGGCAUCUCGAGCCCACCGGGCGAGAAGCUCAUCGGGCUGGCCAACUUCGGCAACACGUGCUACUGCAACGCUGUGCUCCAAGGCAAGAAGGGUGAAGCGACGCUGCUCGACUGCCUCGCCGAGCUCUUUGAGAAGAUAUCAACGCAAAAGCGGGCGACGGGCACGGUCACGCCCAAGUCGUUUGUUGCCAAGUUGCAGCACGACAACGAGACCUUUCGCGGCCCUCUGCAUCAGGACGCCCAUGAGUUUCUCAACUAUGUUGUCAACGCUAUGUGCGACUUGGUCCAAGCAGAGACUGCGAACAAGACGCGAACGUGGGUCCACGAUCUAUUUGAGGGCACACUGACGAACGAGACGACGUGCUUGGGCUGCCAUGCCGUCUCGCGCCGAGACGAGACUUUCUUGGAUCUGAGCGUCGAGAUCGAGCCGAAUGCGUCCCUAACGUUUUGCCUGAAGCAGUUUGGUAUGGUCGAGACAUUGUCUGGCGACGACCAGUUCUCUUGCGACGCAUGCCACAGCCGCCAGGACGCAGAAAAGCGGCUGUUCUUGCGAGAGACGCCACCUGUGUUGGCGCUGCACCUCAAGCGAUUCAAAUUCAUAUCCUUUUAUGCUAUCUGGACCAUGUGCUACACUGAAGAGCUCAUCCCGACUUCAUCUCAAUCGUUCGCCAAGCUAUUCCAUCGCGUGCUCUUCCCAGACGAGCUUCAAUUGCCUUCGCGCCUCAUGCUAUCCUCGUCAAAUGAGACCUACGACCUAUUUGGCAUUGUCGUGCACAUCGGAAAUGGGCUCGAUGAAGGCCAUUACGUGAGCUUGAUAUUGUGGAAGACGCAAUGGCUUCUCUUUGACGACGACCACGUUUCAAAAGUCGACGAAGGCAUGCUUGAUGUGUGCUACGGCGACGGCAACGCGGCAACAUCCAGUGCAACGGGAUACCUCCUCUUCUACAAGCGGCGAUAG